AGACCGCCCUCUUUGCUCCUGGCGCGGCCCAGCUUCCGUCUCCGGCCUCUGCCCGGCCUCGCUCCGCCUCUUCCCCAGCAGGUUUGCGGCGAGGCAGCUCCCGAAGCCACGUUGUCCGGCUGGAAAAAGGCUCGCUGCACUUGAGUGGAAUAAUGUCUUCCAACACAGAGCGCACGUUCAUUGCCAUCAAGCCUGAUGGAGUCCAGCGGGGAUUAAUUGGUGAAAUUAUCAAGCGAUUUGAACAGAAGGGAUUUCGUUUGGUCGCUAUGAAAUUUAUGAAGGCUUCUGAAGAACAUCUCAAAGAACACUACAUUGACCUGAAAGAUAGGCCCUUUUAUGCUGGCUUGGUUAAAUACAUGGGUUCAGGGCCUGUAGUAGCCAUGGUUUGGGAAGGACUCAAUGUCGUAAAGACAGGCAGAAUGAUGCUGGGGGAAACCAACCCAGCAGAUUCCAAGCCUGGAACUAUCCGUGGUGAUUUCUGCAUUCAAGUGGGCAGGAACAUCAUUCAUGGCAGUGACUCUGUGCAAAGUGCUGAAAAAGAGAUCAAACUAUGGUUCAAGCAAUCAGAACUUGUGGACUUCAAAUCUUGUGCCCAGGACUGGAUUUAUGAAUAAAAUAAACCUUACUAUGAGUUGUGCCUUUUUCCAGCAAAGCAUGUUAUUCCAGCCACAUAGAAGCAAAUACAAUGGUUAUCUUUGUGAUUUAAUAGUGGUAUUAAAUAAACCAUCAUGAACUAA